AUGGAUGAUAGCAAGUCGCCCGAAAUUUCAAACGAGGGCCUGACUGAACACGAGAGACAAGUUGUUGCACGGUUCGGAAUUUUGCCAAAGCGAAACUUACUCCUCCGUUCUCAAGUGACUGAACGCAAGUUCUUUGACUCGGGAGAUUUUGCCAUUUCCAAGGCUUCUGACGAUACUGUGACUGGCCACCCGCAAACGGGAAAGCAACAUCCGGUGUCCGGCACAAUCCCCCGUCUCUCCGCCCCCGUACCUAGCGACAGCAACGUCAAAUCGAAUGCAAAUGCCUCGCAUCAACACAAAAUGAGCGAAGACUCUGGAGGGUCUCCUCUGGCAGACCGGGAGCAGCGCAGUAGCUGGGAAAGAGGACAACAUGGAAAAUUUUCUCCCAAGGUCGAUUGUCAUCAAGGGCAGGAUGCGGAAGCAUUGUAUUAA